UGGCAAAGACAACGACGGACUCGAGUACGUUGAAUACAUCGAAGGUCCCACCAAAACAAGAAAUGGAGGCUUGUCAAAAAAGUCGAGAGAUUUCCUGCCCAAGAUGUAUGCUACAGGUGAUGAAAGAUGUCCUGUUGCUCUGUUCAAUGAGUACUUGUCUCGGCGACCAGCAGCACUCCAAAAUUCCGGCCCGUUUUACCUGUCGAUAAAGUACAACUCCAACAACAACACUUGGUACAAAGCUCAACCUAUGGGCACAAAUCGCAUCAACGAAAUGAUGAAAAGGAUUGUCCAGGAAACACAACUUGAGCAUCAACAACAAAAGAAAUUGACAAACCACAGUGCUCGUAAGACGGUAGUCAACAAAUUGAAAAAGAACAACGUUGAGCGUUCCUCGAUCGUGAAAGUAACUGGUCACCGCAACUUGCAAUCGCUCGACGAUUAUGAUGAAGGAGACGAACAAGAACAGCAGCAAAUGUCUUCCAGGAUAUCAUGGAGAAAUAAUCCACAACAACGUCGCGAUGGGGCAUCCACUUCAAGCCUGGCAAAAAUGGCAAUGCAACAACAGCAAGCCUUUCUUGCUGAUUUCCAACGGCAAGGUCAACUAAACGUGAGCAGCAGUAAUCAACUGAGUCAAGCAACGGUGAGACAAGAAAGUCGACAGAAAAUGUUAAACAACAACAAUUUCAACAACUGCCAAGUAACUUUCUCAGUUGGUUCAACGAUGACUUCGCCAAUUCUGCCUCAGCAUACUUCGAACCCGAAGCGACGUCGCGCUUACAUGAUUGAAAGUGACUCUGAUUGA